UAGGAUUCAAAAUUUAUUCAUUACAACAAAAUUUGUGUUUUCUAUUUUAAAGGUUACAUUUUUUUAAACAUAAAAAUAAAAUUAAAUGUUGAGUUAAUUAUAAGAGUAUUGUGAUAUUUUCAAUAUAAACAAUGUCAAUGUUGGAAGGGCAGCAGAUGAUGGGAGAGGGGUCACAAUCUGCAGGGGAUGGCCAGAGAGACACAUACGCUACUCUGACAACUGAUUGUGGAAAACAGAUCUCCAUCUGUCCAAUGUGUCAGGGAAAAGGAUACUAUGAAGAGAUUGGGCAGCCAGAAAUAUGCAACACUAAAAAUAUAGAUACAAACAAAGAGUCGAAAAUAGGUGGUUUACCCAACAUUGCCCAACCACAGCUGAGUCCUCCGUCCUAUCAGUUGGAACAGCUGUUCAAAGCUAACGACACCAAAGUACUCAGUAGUAGAAUGUCAGAUUCAGCAGUUCCAAUAACUGUUUUGAAGGCAAACACAAGAUUUCCUCCAGUCCAUAUUCCAAACUCAAGUGGAAGGAUAACAAGCAGUACAACAGGGCAAGUUAGAAGUUCCCCUAACAACGCGAAAGUUGGAAACUUUCCCCAUCUUGUCAAUCUUUUGCCAACUCCAGCAAAGCUAGAAAAGAGUCCAGAGGACGCGGCUCGACUGGCUGCAAUCAAACUAAACCGAGAUGACUGGGAAACGAAAAAGGCUGGUUUAGAGGAGUGUCUGCAGCUCUCUCAUUUCAACCCCGAAGAGCUUGAACAAUACAUGAGUCUUGUGUAUCGAGCCAUGAGCUCACUUCUCAACAACUUCAGGCCACAAGUCACACUGUUCACAUGUCAGGCAGCACGCGAGUUCUUCGCUCACAUGCGUUCUACUUGCAGACCUGAGUAUGACGAACUAGUCUUUGCACUUCUGAGCCGUACUGCCGACACAAAUAGAUACAUAAGAUUGUAUGCAAAUGAUGCCCUUGACAAAAUGGUGACAUAUAUCCCGACAGUUCAUGCUGUUAGGCCUCUUGUGGAUAAAGGUCCUAUACACAACAACCCUCUUGUCAGAACUGCUACAGCAAGGCUUCUCACCUGUAUUGUGGCACUUAAAACCCCCAAUGCUAUUCUGACGCAUCCAAACCUACGAGAUACUUGCAGGAAGAUGUUAGAGACUGCCACCUUGCUUCUGGCUGACAAUAAUCUUGAUACUCGAGGUGCAGCAAAAAAACUAAUGCAGCGGUUUAUGAAUGAAGAAGAGUUUGAGAGCAUAUAUUAUGCUGAGGUAGAUGAGAAAUUAAGGAAACGAGUGGCUCGAGUUUUUGCGGAUCUAAAGUAUAAGAUAAAAACACAAGGCUGACAAAUUCAAAUCUCAAAAACAUAUUCUCUCAGAACAUCUGACAUCACUACUGCAGUAAUGAGGAAAAAAAACUAAAUCUGGAAUGAAUCCUGCAGCAAACACUAUACCACAUGUCUAUUAAUUACUAUUACACCUACAUUAGCUAUCUAUUAAAUGUCUAGACACAAUACACAAAUUAUUAAAUAGAUUGUUUUAUUACUUUAUUCUAAAAUGAUUGUAAUUAUAAUAAAUGAACACAACAAAUUAUAUUGUUCUAUAAAAUAAUAAAUAUGUCUGAUUACA